GCUCGGCCGUGCUCCGAUGGCCUGAUACGUACUGCGAGACGCAUUCAUGAAGCUCCACUGCCCUGACUCGUCGAUGGACGUGCGGGGGUGACUGGAGUGAUGGGAUGGGGCCAGAGCCCCAUGGAGUUCGGGUAGACCCGUCUCCGGCCCAGCUCCCCAGCCCCCUCCGCCAUCGAUAUCGACACCGCUCCUGCCAACGACGCAGAGGGCCGCCUCGAUCGCGAUGGAGGCCUCUAGCAAUCAACAACAAAAAGAGAAGGAGCCACGCGUUUACAGGCCUCACGCCUUCGACAAGAUGGAGGGGCUGGUGCGGGAGAUGCAAGACCCUGAGAGCGGGGUACCCGUGCGCAGCCAAAAACAAUUUCUCACCUCGAUCCCUUCAGCGUUCAUGGGUGAGUGCCAUCGGUACCUGCGUUGUGGAAUAAACGUAAGCGGCCAUCACGGCCAGGACACUACAGUAGGCUGCCUGCGUGUUGCAGGUUACGACCUCAUCGAGUGGCUGAUGGAGCGGCUUGCCAUCGAAGAAUCAGUAGAGGCGGUCCAUAUUGCUAAUCAACUAUGCCAGUAUGGCUACUUCUUCCCGGUGAAUGACUCCAAGACACUUACUGUUAAGGACGAUAGCUCUCUGUAUAGGUUUCAGACACCCUAUUAUUGGCCGUGGCAACAUAGAACCCCCGACAACGUGGAGUACGCGAUCUAUCUGGCUAAACGAACUCUGAGAAACAAACAACGUCACGCUCUCGAAGACUAUGAGAUCGAAGCUCUGAACAGCCUGCGUAAGAACUUGCAGAACAAAUGGGACAUAAUACAACUACAAGCGGAAGAACAGGUACGCUUAUCUAAGGAGCGCAAGAAAGGCGACAAGAUAGUGAGCGAUUCGCAGGAACGAGCAUUUUGGAGAGUAUAUCGGCCACCACCUGGUUGUCUCAGUAGCCUGGAAGCCGUGCCCAUACCCACUCGUUUUCGUCCUGGACUUCCACGACCUCCGUCACGUAAACGCACUCUUACCGAUCUGCAACGUGAGGUGGCCCUUCUACGGAACAGUUUGAUACGCACGAGGAUAAAAGUUUCGACUGCGAUCGAAAAUUUAAAAUCAUAUUUCGAAACGUACGUAGAAUACGAUCCAAUGUUCGUACAGCCGCAACCUUCCAAUCCAUGGGUCACCGACGAUCAUAUGUUUUGGCAACUGAAUAGUAGUUUAGUGGAUGUUCCUACGGAAAAACGCGUUAAACGAUGGGCGUUGUCGAUGGAAGAACUUAUGUCUGAUCCUACAGGUUUACAAGAAUUCACGAAUUAUUUAAGAAAGGAGUACAGUCACGAGAAUAUCAGAUUUUGGUUGGCGGUGAAAGAUCUCAGGCAUAGUUUUCAAGCACAAAUACCUGACAAAGUCAACGAAAUUUUUAGAGAAUUCCUGGCACCUGGAGCUCCGUGCGAAAUCAACAUAGAUGGGAAAACGAUGGAGAAGAUUCAUCAGGAAAUGAAAAAUCCGAGCAGAUUUACGUUUGAUUCCGCCGCGGAACAUGUAUAUACGCUACUGCUAAAGAAGGACUGCUACCCUAGAUUUAUUCGUUCCGAUCAAUAUCGUAAUCUCUUAGCUGCCGGCGUGCAACCUCUGCAGAAGAAGAGAUUUUUCGGCUUCGGCGGCCAAAUCAAAAAGAAAGUUUCCUCCACUUCGACACCAACGUCUAGUACUUUGCAGCACGCUAACAUAGGUGGUGGCGGCGGCAGACGAAGAGGAAGCGACCGGAGUCUGUCUGGAAGCGCCCACGAGCUCGCGGUGUGCGGCGUCCGUGACGUCACUUCCACGCCGCGAGUUCCGCACUCCCACAGCCAGUCGAAUCUCACCGACAUCCCAUACAGGGAUGCUGGCGCGACGGAAGUGGCAGUUCGCCCUAUGGACGACGUGUGUCCGUGGGAGGCCGUGCCGGGCCCGAGCACGGAGCACGGAGCAACGGGAGACGCCGUGUCCUCUGGAAGGACAGUGUCAGCUGAUCAGGCCCGACACGUAUGGGACAGUGGCGGCCACGCGACGACCGCACACUCCGCCGAGGCGCGGACCUCCCGCAAGAAUUCGGCACAGUUGGACUCCUGUAGCUCGUCGUCGGACGUCAGCCUUGCUAUCGCGGACGUCUCCGAACGGUUGCGGAAGUCGUGUAGUUUGCAGCAUAGCGGUAGCAUAGGUACGUCGACUUCAGGCACGAUGAUGACGCGAAAUUAUUCUACCUGCUCAGCGAGCGGUCGUAUCAGGCUAGCCGAGAUAGGUCGUAUAUCCGUGUCGUCCUGCAACUAUCCGUCGCCCCAACAGUCAUUCGAGUACUCCCACGCGGUGGUCGAAAAGGUGGAAGAGAGAUCGUCCCUGGAGAAGAUCGUGCCCGAGGAGGAAACUGUCGCAGAAGCCGUCGUCGUCAAGGAGAGCCAGCCGAGUCCUAAAACGAGCGCGAAGGCGCCCUUGAUCAGCAUCAGCGCGAUCGUAGGCGAUCUACCGAGUGACAAUUCCACGAUGGAGAACGCCGACGAGGACGCGAGCGAAAGCUGCACGGCAAAGGACGCGGGGGAGAUCGUCGCCGAGGAGAAAACAAAAGGCGAGGACUCGCGGGCCGAUACCGGGGCGGACGUGUCGCCGGUGGCCGAGGAACCGGCGACGACCGAGGUGCUGCCCGAGGAGGCGCAGGUCGUGCCUGUCUGGGAACCGGACGCCCAACAGGAGGACCGACCAGCGACGGCGCAGGCAGAGUCUCGGGAGAAGCGUGACAAUAAUGUUAACGAAGUAUGCCCGUGGGAGGACGAGGAAAACUGUAGAGUGGAUGCACCCUAUGUAAAAACAUAUGCGACUUUAGGUUACUUGUAAUUUGUCGUUGAUAUUAAAUCUUGCAUUUUACAUUUACAACAUUCACAAAUUCGAUUUCCACUUUAAUCCACUUUACUGAGCUCGCGUGUCCAGACCCUUGCGCGACGAAGCUCCGGUCGCUUCCUUCAUUAAGCA